AUGAGCUACAAAUGUGCUCCCGAAGACCGACACUUCAAGGCUCGAAAAGCACUGCUGGAGACCUACAGCAAUUGGCCCUGCGAGGUCACAGAAAACGAGGUCCUUUGGUGGGCUUCCACCAAUGAGGUCCCGGUCGACGUGAUGGAGUUCCUGGAGUUUUUGGUCGAAGAAUACGACGAUGUCUUCGAGGCCUUCGAUGAGAUCAAACGCCCGACUGCGACCAUCCUGACUCUUCGGGAUUUCGAGCAGGGCUUGAGGCGCUUGAAGUGCACCAAGUUCCAGGGCCGUCGUGAGAUGGAGCAGAUCACCGGUGUCUUUCGCUAUUUGGACCCCAGUGGAGAGGGCCAAGUCUCUCGCAAUGAGUGGGGCAUGUUGGAGCUUCUGCACAAAAAGAUGGUGUAUUCGAUCAAGGAAUUCGUCCAUUUCUGCCAGCGUUCCUUUGGGAAUGACUUGAAUGCCGCUUGGGCGGUCUUCGACAUCAAUGGGGACAACUACAUCUCAGAAGAGGAGUGGAGCAGCGUAGCUCGAUCAUGCUCAUAUUUUGGGCCCAUCUUGCCGAUCUUCCGCUUCCUGGACAAGGAUGACGAGGGCAACAUCUCCUUUGAAGAAUUCGAGGAGUUGCAGAAAUUCCACGAUCCUCCCAAGCCGGAUCUUAAGGCCAUGGAGGAGGCUCGUGAGAUGCUUGUGAGGCAUGGCAGCCUCAUGCGGGAGCUUUUGCCGACACGUCUCCGACUCCGUGCACAUCUCAAGCGAGCGCGACACGCCGGCGAAGGUGGCCGGCCACGGCCCAUGCUGGAUGAGGCGACACUGGCGAGCAUACAAAAGGCCAUCCCUAGAAGUUCCUCCACGAUCGGCACGCGAGUCGUGAAUGCUGUGGACCGCCUUCUGGCCUCGCAUCAAGUGAAGCCACGACGGGUAACCAUGAUGAAGGUCAACCACUACAAGGAGGGCCUUCGGGAGUUGAUCUGCGACGUGGAGAUUCCGGAGACGGUGUCGCCGGUGGGCCUUCAACGAGCUCUACAGGUCUCCCUGGAGGGGGCCGAAGGGUCGAGUUUGCUCCAUGCGUUGCGAAUGGCCUGCGCUCAAGUGAGCACUCUCGAAGUGGAAGUCAGGCCCUCGACCGAGCGGCUGGUGAGCAACCUGCGGAUGGCCAUCCCCUCCACCGGCAUCAACGCGCGGCGGGCGGACACCGUCAUGGAGGCCGCUCUGAAACGCAGCCGAGUCUACAAGGGCUUGUUGGACUCCCCUGGCAUGGCAGGGCUGGUCGCCAGGCCAAGCAAAUGCCUUUGUGGGGGUCAGCUCGUGCCUCACCUGCCAGAGACCCGACGCGAUCCUCCGUGGCAUGGAGUGAAGGAACUCUCUGGACUCCUAGCUCUAGCAGGGGCUGCACACAAGCAGUUGAAGGAAGCCUUGGCGCCCGGCAGCAGCUGGGCCAAAGGCGUUUGGGGCGACCAGGUUGCCCGCACGCAUGGUUGCCGGACUUUCAAGGGAAGCACCACGCUUCUGCCCAAGGGAAGCUUCUUCGAUCCAGGUGUCAAGAAGAGGGAAAAGCUGUCCGAGGAUUUGCUGUUGGCCCAGCGCGUUUACGAACAGCAGGAUACGGCGGCCCACGACCUCUUGGCCUCUGAAGUGCAUGUCCAUUUCGAUUCCUUGAGUGAUCUCUGUGAGGCCUGGGACAUUUUAGAAAGCAAGAUGGAGGUUGUUUGGGUGAAGAAUAGGUUUGGAGAACCGGACUUCUUUGGAUAUCCCUGUGUGCAGAUUGGUGUUGAACAGCAGGUCCAAGAUCCUCGCUACAGCAGCAAGGAGUGCAUCCUUUCCUACAUUAGCCAGAUCACCUUGCACUACGUGCCUCUCUUUGAGGCAAAGACAAGUCCAACUGCGCGAAGACUUCGGGAGGAGCUGCAAGAAGCUCUGGCGAAGUGCGGCAUCAACGGGAGCACCGUCCACUUGGCUGAGGCUGUGGUGGCAGAUUCAGCCGACUGCACGCGCAUUCAAAUGCGGAGAAGCGCCAUUGCAGAAGUUGAGCGUGUUUUGGCCUUUCUGGAGAGGUAUGCCAUGCAGCUGGAAGAAGAGGAGCGUCGCCCCGCUUCGGCCCUCUUCUGGGACGCUGUGACGGUGGCGGAAAGCUUCGGUUGUUCCCGCUCGGAGAUUCUGAAUGGGCUCUCCAGACACAUGUCGGUGCUGGUGAAGGCAACACUGGGCAUCACGCUUCACCAAGUUUUUCAGGAUGCCCCUCAGCCACCGGAAACGCAGGCGCCACGGCGGCCAGUGCUAACCAGGAUCACCGCGAGAGUUAGCUCCCUGAAGGUGGAGAGCGUGCAGUUCCACUUCAAGGAUGGACUUCAGAAGGCCUUUUCCGCACGCCUCUUGCUGGGAGAUGUUCCAUCAGAGAGUACAAAGCAAACGGAGGUCAGCUACGAUCUGGAUGGCGAUUAUAUCGUGGCAGUUGAGCAGGGCGCUGUGGGGCACAGCGGAAGCCUGGGAGUCCAGUUGCUCUUUUUCACCGCGAAGGGUCAGGUGCUGACCGUCGCUGGACGAAAACACGAAGCACCACCAAGCAGGGUUCGUUUUGAAGUCCACCCCGCUGAGCAAGUCGUCGGGUUAGAGGUGGAGUUCGGCCGCAUUGUCGGGAUUCAAAGCGCUUUGAUCCCAGUGGAUAGUGACCUUGAGGUCAACAGCUGA